AUGGUUCCCCAAUCUUUUCUGUUUCUGAUCGAUCUGGUUGAGUCUAAAAGAGGACUCAACAAAAUGGAUGUGAAUAUGGACUUGAAAAUCAAAGAACUUGACGAGUUUAAGGAUGAAAUCAACGAGAUGCUAUGUGGUAGAGGAGGGGGUGAAAUAGUCCCCGAUACCAGUCGAAAGGACCGGAGGGGUAGGCCAGCACCCAGAUAUGCUAGGCAAGGUACCAGUCGACAGGACCGAAGGGGAGGCCAGCACCAUGAUAUGCUAGGCAAGGUACAUCUUCAACAAAGCGGAAGGAGCUGGCGCGUGAGUAUUAAUCACCAAUCAGUGAACAUGGCUUCAUCUUCAGUAUUUUACUUGAGUGAAGAAGGAAACACUGAUAGUGAAGACGAGGAAUAUGUUGAGUCUUCUACAGAUACAUAUUCUAUAGGGUCAUUAUGUCUUGAUAUAGAAGAUGAUAUGUUUAUAGAUGCCCAUUUUGAGGAAGAUGUUGACACAAGUAUGACAAAAACCACAUAUGAUCCUUUUUUGUAUUUGUUAUGCCCUCGUCAUAAAGAAGAUGCUGAAAUAGGAAAAUUGUAUCGAGGAGAUGAAUAUGAAGAAGAGCCAUAUGAUGAUGAUGAUUUACAAUUUGGAAAACACAACUGGAAUGCGGAUGGAGAAAACGAAGAAAUCGGGGUCGAAUAUAAUAUUCACAACGCUUCGGUUGAUUGGAGAAAGAUGAAACCUGAAUUGGGAGAAAAGUACGAGAGUCCGGAACAACUAAAAUUUUGUGUUAGAAACUACGUUGUGGCAAAUGGGUUUCAGUUACGUUUUGCUAAAAGUGAUCAUGAUAGGAUAUUAGUAGUUUGUGGGAAAGAAAAUAACAAAAAAAGUGCCCGUAUAGGUUGUAUGCUUCUUGGAUUGGAAAUGAAACAACUUUCCAAGUUAAAUCUUUGA